AAUAAUGGGUUGUAUUCGUUAACUUGUUAAAUAUUAAGUACUGAAUAAUAAAUUUAAUCCAUUUUAUUUUAUUUUCGAAACCCUAAAUCUACCUUGCGUUUUCCUCGAUCCACUCAUGAUCUCGCCUCGCCGUUUCUUCUUGAUUCUUUUUGUUUCAGGCGGCUAAACUUCAUCUGUUUAUUAGAUGUUCUGAGAAGUAUUAUAAUUUCUUCCAGAGCUCGGUAAAAUGAGAGACGUCAAAGUGAAAGCUAAUUCUAAGUCAACUGAAGAAGAAGAAAAUGAGAUGUCUUCGUCAUUGAGCGUUAAAUCCACACCGGAGAUCGAGAAGAAGUAUGUUCAUCGAGUGUACGACGCUAUUGCUCCACAUUUCAGCUCGACAAGGUUUGCUAAGUGGCCUAAGGUCGCUGCCUUUCUCGAGUCGUUGCCUUCAGGAUCUGUGGUUCUUGAUGCAGGUUGCGGAAACGGCAAGUAUCUGGGGUUAAACCCGAGCUGUUUCUUUAUAGGAUGCGACAUAAGUAACCCACUUAUCAAAAUCUGCUCGGAUAAAGGGCAAGAGGUUCUCGUUGCAGACGCUGUCAAUCUUCCUUACAGAGAGGAGUUUGGCGAUGCAGCCAUCUCCAUUGCGGUUUUGCAUCACUUGAGCACCGAGAACAGAAGGAAGAGUGCCAUUGAGGAACUGGUUCGGGUCGUUAAGCCUGGUGGGUUCGUUCUCAUCACGGUUUGGGCGGCAGAGCAGGAAGACAAAUCUUUGCUCACUAAAUGGACACCAUUGUCUCCAAAGUAUGUUGAGGAAUGGGUCGGACCAGGUAGUCCAAUGAACAGCCCUCGUGUAAGGAACAACCCGUUCUUCGGUCUUGAGAGCAUUCCGGAGACUGACGUGAGUGCAAAGGAUCAAAAGGCUGGUCUUGAGAGCAUUCCAGAGACCGAGGAGAGCACGAGAGAGCCAAAGGCGACCCAAGAUAGCUUGGGCGAGCAAAAGGAUAAGAGCUCUGUUGAAGUGUUAUUGGAGGCUCUGAAGAUGAAUCAGCAAGAGUACUUUGUUCCAUGGCAUUUACCUUACCACCGUGCUGAAGUUAGUGGUGCAUCCGCUUCUGCACUUGCAAGUGGCCUUGCAAAGAAAGACGAUAGAAAAGGAACUGUUGUGUACAACAGAUACUACCACGUUUUCAGUGAAGGCGAACUUGAAAGGUUGGCAUCUGGAGUAGGCAAUGCAAUUAUAGUUGAUAGAUUUUACGACAAGUCCAAUUGGUGUAUUGUUCUUCAGAAAGAAGCUUUAAACCAAGAUUGAUAAUCGACUGAAACCAGACUCUUUGGCUUCAAACUCAGUUAUACUUUUCUCCCUCUUUCUGACAUGGGAACUCCAUUGCAGCCACCAUUGGAGGUUUUUUUCAUAUGUAAUCGAAUCUUUUCUAUGGUUGUAGUUGGAUUCUGUGGCAGUUCAUUUGUUGUGCAAGUGUUGGCUUUAAGGCUUCGUAUUAUGUAUAACGAUUAGUCUACAAGAUAAACAAAAUGUCAUUUGUAUAACAACAAAAAGAAAAAAAGGCAUGAAUGUUUUGUCAA